AGAUGCUGCCGCCGCUGAACCGUGCACGCGGCUGGAAGUGCGCCGCUGUCCUGCUCGCGGUCCCAGCCGUGCUUUACCUCCGGCCCUGGCCCUGGCUCUGGCGCUGGGUCUCGGAGCGGUUCCGGCGCGUGCGCCUUUCACUGGCGGGCCCGAGCGCGAGCGUCAGUUUCAAAGUGAAAUGUUAUGGUCAAGGAAAAGUACAUGAAGAUAUUCUGAAAAAUUUAAAGAUUUCAAAAUGUGAAGGAGGGGCAGGGAGUCCUUGCAUUUUGUUCGUCUACAAAGUGUCUCGUACAAAUGAAGACCUUCGAAAUGCUCUAGAAUGGAUCACAAAUUUGGAAAAUGAGACAACGCAAAAGGAAGACAUUUUUGUUGCAUUUCUGCUUGAGAAGAUUUCUGGGGAAUCCAAAGAUUUGGGUGAAGAGAUGAUAACAGACCUGGAUGUAUUUCAUGAAAAUACCAAAGUUUUUCGAGUUCUUUGGAAAGAAACAUGUGGUUCUCAGCCUGGGUUCAGGUGUCCUGAGGCGAUUCGGACAAUCAGGGAGAAAAUCAAUCCAGGAAUCGAGAAGUCAAGGUCCGAGACCAUGGCCAGACUUUGGCGCUAUGUUUGGAAGUUUGGGCUGUGUCUAGGGCUUAUCCUGUUCUUUGAGAUUUUAGUACAAAAAGUCUAUUGCAAACUGUCUGUUGGUUCUGGUAUGUUUCCCCUCCCUUUACAUUUUACUGCCUUAAGAUCUGACGGUUUUGCUCACCAGCUACUUGAUUUUGAUCAUCUCCAUAUGUAGUUAUGCGCCAGCUUUCAUGUAAUUUAUUUGGCUGAAGACAUUGUUCUUUCUUUCCCAAAAGGAAAAUGUGAUGGUGGCAUGUGAGAAACAAGGAGAUUUUCUUUUUAGCAGGGACACCGUUCUAUGGUUAUAUUCCUUUUUCAUUCAUGGGAUGUGGGCAUUAUUGCCCUCUCUAAUUGCCCAGUGGGCAAUUAAGAAUCAACCACAUUGCUGUGGGCCAGACCAGGUAAGGAUAGCAGUAUCCAUCUCUUAAAAAGGAUGUGUGUGAACUAAGUAGGUACAGUAGUCCCCCCUGUACCCACGGGAGAGUACGUUCCAGGACCUACCACAGAAACCUGAAACCAUGGAUAGGAGCAAACCCACUCAUGGCAACCCCCGGUCCCUGGUUCUGGAAUAUUCCCUAAAAUAUGUUCAGACCGCAGUAAAACGCGGGUAACUGAAACAGUGGAAAACACAUCUGCGGAUUUGGGGGUUGCCCUGUAUU